CCAUGCCCCCACAUUCACAUCCAGCCAAUUAGAAAGUGCCAAGAGACACGCUUCUGGUAUAAAUUUAAGGAGCAGCCACUCGCAGGACUCUACUAUGGGAAAAGAAAUAAUCUGGGUGUUGAUCACCGGAUUUUCUGUUAUUUCAUGUGAGUCUUUGUUAAAUUCAUCUGACAUACGUUCUGCAGGUAACACAGACUUUAGAAACAUCCAGUCCAAGUUUUCGUUAAGAAACGCAGAGUUCCCGGAUGAGGACUUGUGCUACCUCGUGCCUGGAAUAAAAGAGACUGUAUCAGACUGCAGAUUUAAGCUCGAUGCGCGGACAUUUCUGGUGAUUCACGGCUGGUCGGUUGCAGGACUAUUUGAAAGCUGGAUCAGCAAGCUGGUGUCGGCUUUGUUCGAGCGCGAGCCCAACGCCAACGUCAUCGUGGUGGACUGGUUGGACCGUGCCAGCCAUCACUACCCCACCUCAGCUGAAAACACCCGACUAGUGGGCAGGGAUGUGGCCCACUUCAUCAACUGGUUAGAGGUUAUAGGCUACCCACUUGAGAAGCUCCAUGUUAUGGGGUACAGUCUGGGUGCACACGUUGCAGGCAUCGCAGGAAACCUGUCUAACAACAAAGUCCAUAGGAUAACAGGCUUUGACCCGGCUGGCCCGACCUUUGAGCAUGCCGAAAGGCCAAACCGACUCUCUCCUGAUGAUGCGAAAUUCGUUGACGUCCUGCACACGAACACCAGAGGCAGCCCGGAUCUAAGCAUCGGCAUCCAGAGACCCGUAGGCCAUGUGGACAUCUACCCUAAUGGUGGCACCUUUCAGCCUGGCUGCAGCCUGCAGAACGCCAUGAGGAUGAUUGCUACAUAUGGCUUGCACAACAUGGACCAGCUGGUGAAGUGCUCCCAUGAGCGCUCGGUGCACCUGUUCAUCGACUCGCUGGUAAAUCAGGAUCAGCAGAGUCUGGCUUACCGCUGCAGCUCCAAAGAAGCUUUUUACAAAGGCCUGUGCCUCAGCUGCCGCAAGAAUCGCUGCAACAAGCUGGGUUACAAUGUCAACAAGGUCCGAACAGCCAGGAGCACCAGGAUGUACCUCAAGACACGUGAGAUGAUGCCCUACAAAGUUUUUCAUUACCAGAUUAAGGUACAUCUGUUCAGCCAGAAUGAUUUGGCCUUGGAUAACCAGCCUGUGAAAAUAUCUCUGUAUGGAACUCUUAAUGAGAAAGUAGACAUUCCAAUAAUUGUGCCGAGCAUGAUCACCAACACCACCAUCUCUUUCCUGGUCACCUCGGAUGUGGAUGUAGGGGAUCUGCUGAUGCUUAAGAUUCAGUGGGAAAGCGAUUCAUACCUGCCAAGCUUCUUCAGCACAAACCAGUUUCUGAUUCGCAAAAUGAGAAUUAAAUCCGGCGAGACGCAAGCCAGAGUGUUUUUCAGACCCAAGGAUGUGGAUUUUGCCCGGCUCACUCAGGGCUCCAACAAAGUGAUCUUUGUAAAAUCCAAAAGCAACAAUCUAUACAGCAGGAGAGAGCAGAGGUUGCACAGGCUUAAAAUGCAUGGCAGCUUCUUCAAGCAGGACAAAAACGAGACACCGGCAGAUCCGGAAACGCAAACAGAGAUGAGCAGAAAGAUGGUCAAGCAGAGUUCCUGAGGCGGGUGCUGUGAAACGCAUUGCUUUUAUGAUCGAACGAAAGAGUUUGGAGGUUUUAUCAUUUGUAUACAAUUUAUAUAAGGUGGGCCUGUAUGCAGUAUUAGAACAUUAGAACAACAUUAAUUGUGACUGUAGGAUAUUUUGUGCAUAAUCACAUCACAAUUUGCUGUUACAUAGCACUUUUUAUGUUCACUUGUAUUCUAUUGUAUUAAUGCUACUUUAAAAUGAUUUGGUGUAUAUAUAUAACAUAUCCAGUAUGUUUCUUGCUUAAAUAUCUCUUACAUAACAGUUCAGAUCUAGGAUUCAAUGCUACAGCUACCUCUGCUACAGAAUUCAACAUUCCAACUGGGAAUUCAUAUUUAAAAAAACAGCCAAAAUUCCAGGCAAAGAGUGUGUCUUUUUUAUUUUUGCAGUUUUUAAUGUAUAAUAUUGUUCGUCUUAUGUGUCUGUAAUAUAUUUGUACUAUAACAAAUGCCUAGAUUCUCAAUGUACAGCAUAGUCGUAGGUCAGAUCUGUAGAUUUUACCUGACCGGUUUUCCAGAAUCAUUAGAGCACAGAGAUUGUACAUCUUUUUGGAGAUUCUUUCUACCAGUUAUAAAGUAGAAAUUGAGCCAAUAUGAUAUUAGAUCUAACCCUUAAUCAUGCAAGUGCUGUUUUACCAACAAUGCCUUUGUUUUGGAUAUUUAUUUCAAGCUGUCUUACUUUGUAUUGUGUAUAUAUUGUGUCAUUAACAUGAAAUCUUGUGAACUUGUAUUUGCAAAUGUAAAGUAUAUUUCCAUACAUAAAAAAAAUGCUUUAUGUAAA